AUGCUGAAGGUCACAUUGUGGAAGGAAAACUUGGAAGGUGCCUGGGUGAUCCUUAGCGAAGUUGCUCGAGGUCGACAGGCAAACAUGACCUCUUCGGGGUCUGGGGCGGGCAUUGGUUACGGCGCCACGAGCACUACCACUGCUGCCCCAAGGGGGCCUGCUGCCUCUACGCGGGAUUCAGCGAGUGGAGGUGCAACUUACAACUGCGGUUCCGCGGACUCUCCCUCAAUCCACCCUCAUUCUGGAACUGACACUGCUCAUCCGCCAGUGGCAUUCUAUGAUCAUUCUGCUGCCCCUGCAGUCACCAACCCUGCCUCUGUGCCUCCUUGA